UGCCGGCCAAUGGCGGUGGGUACCUUCAAAAUCCAAUGCAGCGGACCUGUCCACAAAAAUUCACAAAAAAAUUGAUAGCCAAAUGUGGCUCUGUGGUCCGUCUUUUCUUCAACAAUGCGUAGAGGAAUGGUCCAUCUGUGCAGAUCUUGGACCAACAAAUCAGUCUGAAACGAGAAAAUGCGUAUUACAUAUGCAUCCAACACCGUGCGUCAACAUGUUUGUUGAAUAUUACUCAGACUGGCGAAGGCUAUAGCGAGCUGUUGUCCUAUGGAUUCUAUAUCUGGCAAAGGUAAAUGCGCGCCGGUGUAAAGCGCCCGAACCGACUCACCUGGCGUAUGUUCAUCUACAAAGGGCCAAAUUAGCGCUUUAUAAACAGGCGCAAAAAUCAACAUACCAAUCCGAGAUGUGUCUUUUAAGCAGAGGGCAUCCAGUCGAGCGAAAAAGCUCGUUAAUAGCACUUAACGUCUACUUGGAUAAGGACGGAGUUUUGCGAAUGCAGGGCAGAGCGAAUAGCUUAAAUAGCCGCACCGACGCUAUAAUUCUUCCUAAACGCCAUUACGUGACAUUUUUGAUUGUAAAAGGUUGCCAUGAGAUGCUUCAUCACACAUCGCCCGAAACUGCUGUGAAUUUGAUUCGAUCAAAGUUCUACAUACCAAAACUGCGUGUGCUGUAUAAAACAGUGCGUAAAAGCUGUCAAAGGUGCAAAAUCGACAACGUGCAGCCCGAUUUUCCACAGAUGGCACGUUUACCUGCAUCAAGGCUGGCUAGCCACGAGCGACCGUUCACCUUUACAGGGGUCGACUAUUUCGGACCAAUUAUGGUCACCGUUGGUAGACACAGGGAAAAGCGGUGGGGUGUCAUAUUCACCUGCCUCACGCUACGUGCCGUCCAUUUGGAGGUUGCCUUCAGCCUUGACACCAACUCGUGCGUUAUGUGCCUGCGAAAUUUCAUCGCUAGAAGAGGUACGCCGAAGGAAAUAUUUUCGGAUAACGGGACGAAUUUUAAAGCCACAGCUAAAUUAAUCCGCGAAGAGCUUAAAAAUGUCAGCUUUGCGGCGCUUCAAAAAAAGUUCGAUGGCAUAAAGUGGAGAGUCAAUCCACCGGGCGCACCUCACAUGGGCGGUUCAUGGGAACGCCUGGUAAGGUCCGUCAAGACAGUUCUUCACAAAAUGUACUGA